AUGAUAUAAAAUUUUCAAGAAAACUUAUCAUAGUUAACAAAAAAUAAUAAAGAUCAGUAAUAAAGACUUUAAACUUUAUAUCUCAGAUUUGACAGCCUUUUUAAUGAUUAUUUAGAUGUCAUAAAAAGUUCAUAAGUUUCACAAAAUCUGCUUCACAAAGUAAGACCUGAAGUUUUUAACUAAGUGUUUGUAUUUUUAGACAUAAAAUCUUAUUUAAGUUUUAGAUUGAUAAGUAAGAGAGCAAAUCAAACAGUUAUUUAAAUGAUUCCUUUAAGGAUAUCUCGUAUACAUCAAAUUAUACUUAAUCUAAAUCAUUAGUUAUAAAUUUAUACUAUAUAAAACUUUGAAUAAACAAAUUGCUAAAACAUAAUAAAGGAUUAUCAAAAUGCACUUGACUAAUUGUAUUAAUUGAAUAAAGAAGAUUUAUUGGAAUUAAAAAGAACUCGUAAUCCUCCAAAAAUAUUAGUAACUGUGAUAUUGAUGAUAUGUGUACUUUUAGAUUAGUCUUUUAAAAUAGAAUAGAACUGGGAAGAAUGUUUAAAAAUAAUAGGAAAUUUUAAUUACGUUAAUUCACUCCAUAAUUUAGAUUUUGAGAAAAUAAAUGAAAGCUAGUUAACUUACAUAUAAAAAAUUAGGUAAAUUUCAGAAGCUUAAACAUAAAAAAUAUCAAUUGCUUGUAGCACUUUUUAUUAAUUUAUUUUAGCUGUUUUGUAAAUUAAGGAAUCAAAAUAGUAUAUAUUAAAAAGAAAAAUAGAAUUUAUUGAAUAAUCAAUUAAACAAGGUUAAAAGCACUUAAUAUUUUUACAAAAAAUGAUUGAAUAAAUUCCGUGA